AUGGGUCGCCUACGCCGCUCUCGUACACACCAUGCCAAGCGAGAUGUUCACAGAGCUUCACGCACGAGAGUGCGGACGAGAGAUCUAGAUCAAAUCCAAUCUAUCGACUUGGAUCCUAAAAAUCGGGCUGCACUGGAAGCACAACAACUUGACUUUGACAAGCCUGGAUUGGCACAACAUUACUGCGUAGAGUGCGCAAAAUACUUUGAAGCAGAUGCUGCUUUGCGCGCUCAUUGGCGGAGUAAAGUUCACAAAAGGCGUUGCAAGGCUUUGAAGGAGCCUGCUUACACGAUCGAGGAGUCCGAGCGUGCAGCAGGGCUUGGGAGGGAAGGAAAACGGCCAUCCACUACGACAGCCAUACAGGAAGAUAUUCCGUCUUGA